UCUGCAAAGGACCUUGUGUCCUCUCCUCUCCUGUCUUCUCUUUCAUCUUUCACGCCAAACUCUCUCUCUCUCUCUAAAACCCUGUUUUAGGGUUUUUCUAUAUAGCCUCAGAACUUGUUAUUGUCCACCUCUCUCCAAUGGCUCUCUCUUCUUCUUCUUCUCAACCACUCCCUGUUCUCACUAUCCUCCUCAUCUUCUUCUCCAUUGUUGGCUAUUCACAACCCGUUCUCAACUCGGACGAGCAAGAAUCGGUGUACCGAGUCCUCGAAUCCAUCAACUCGGACAUCCCAUGGCGGACUCUCUUCCCCGACGACCUCUGCUCCUCCGCCCCACACGGCGUCGUCUGCGACUUCUUCGAUUCCGCCACCGAAACCGAGACAUUGCACGUCUCGGAGUUGAGUUUCGGCUACGUCUCGGACUACUCUCCGAACCCACCAUGCACACCCACCUCCACCAUUAACGACCACCUCUUCUCUUCCUUCAAACACCUCAGAAAACUCUUCUUCUAUAGAUGUUUCACCGAUUCACAAGUCUAUGUUCCCGAUUUCUCCACCUUCGGAGCUUCUUUGGAAGAGCUUUUGUUCAUUGAAAGCCCAUCUUUGAUUGGUUCUCUCGAUGGAAAACUUGGAAACUUGACGAAUUUGAAGAAGUUGGUUCUCACAGGAACGAAUGUCUUUGGUGAAAUCCCAGAUGGGUUGGGAGAUUUAACCAAUCUCGAACAGGUCACACUUUCCAGAAACAAUUUCAGCGGCGAAGUGUCUCUAAAUCUAGCGAAAUUGAUGAAACUGAAGCUUCUCGAUCUUAGCCAAAAUAGGUUUGAAGGAAAUGUCCCGGAAUCAAUCGGAGGACCAACAGAGCUUCUGAAGAUCGACCUCAGUUCGAAUAGAUUUUCCGGGAAAAUCCCAGAAAGCUUGAAGAAUCUGAGGAAUUUGGAGUUUCUAGACCUGGGUUAUAAUCGAUUUGCCAAUUUCGGAAUCCCUGUGUUCUUAUCAGAGAUGCCCAGUUUGAAAGAGGUUUAUCUGAGUGGGAACUAUCUUGGAGGGCAGAUUCCGGAAAUUUGGGAAAAUCUCAGGGGCAUAAUCGGAAUAGGAUUGUCCAAUACAGGACUUGUUGGUAAUAUUCCAACUUCCAUGGGGGUAUUUUUGAGAAAAGCUUGUUAUAUAGGGCUUGAUAACAAUGGGCUUGAAGGGACAGUGCCAGAGGAGUUUGGGAGAUUGGAGUCUGUGAAUGAGAUGAAUUUGGAGAACAACAAAUUGAAGGGUAGGCUUCCAUUUUCAGUCAAAUUUGCAGCUAAGAUGGGGAAGAAGCUGAAAUUGCAAGGUAACCCAGAACUUUGUGUUGAUGAGGGUUUAAGGUCUGCUAAAAUCGGGGGCAGUUUGGGGAAUUUGAAGGUGUGCAACAAUCCACAACAUGUUCCAAGUCCAGUCCCAUUCCUUGGGGGCAAUUCUGUCAUUCAAGCUUCUCAUCUGUUGAUGUUUCUAGGGUUUUUGUUCCUCUUACUUUGGUAGUAGGAUAGAGAUAGAUAAGAGAGAGUAGAGAGAGAAAGAGAGAGAAAGAAACAGGGGAAACAUAACAUUAUACUGCCGACUAGGUUGGACAUUUUUUUUUAAGGUUUUAGUAAUUGUAGUUUGGAAACUUAGGAUGGGGGCAAAAUGUAAUUAGGAGUUUCUAUCAAUGACAAAUGCAUAUGUUUGUUUCCAUU